AUGAAUACAGAGAGACUUUACAGAGACUACAGAGAGACUUUACAGAGAAUACAGAGAGACUUUACAGAGACUACAGAGAGACUUUACAGAGAAUACAGAGAGACUUUACAGAGAAUACAGAGACUGUACAGAGACUACAGAGAGACUUUACAGAGAAUACAGAGAGACUUUACAGAGAAUACAGAGAGACUUUACAGAGAAUACAGAGAGACUUUACAGAGAAUACAGAAAGACUUUACAGAGAAUACAGAGAGACUUUACAGAGACUACAGAGAGACUUUACAGAGAAUACAGAGAGACUUUACAGAGACUACAGAGAGACUUUACAGAGAAUACAGAGAGACUUUACAGAGACUACAGAGAAUACAGAGAGACUUUACAGAGACUACAGAGAGACUUUACAGAGAAUACAGAGAGACUUUACAGAGACUACAGAGAGACUUUACAGAGAAUACAGAGAGACUUUACAGAGACUACAGAGAGACUUUACAGAGACUACAGAGAGACUUUACAGAGACUACAGAGAGACUUUACAGAGAAUACAGAGAGACUUUACAGAGACUACAGAGAGACUUUACAGAGACUACAGAGAGACUUUACAGAGAAUACAGAGAGACUUUACAGAGAAUACAGAGAGACUUUACAGAGAAUACAGAGAGACUUUACAGAGAAUACAGAGAGACUUUACAGAGAAUACAGAGAGACUUUACAGAGAAUACAGAGAGACUUUACAGAGAAUACAGAGAGACUUUACAGAGAAUACAGAGAGUCUUUACAGAGAAUACAGAGAGACUUUACAGAGAAUACAGAGAGACUUUACAGAGAGACUUUACAGAGAAUACAGAGAGACUUUACAGAGAAUACAGAGAGACUUUACAGAGAGACUUUACAGAGAAUACAGAGAGACUUUACAGAGAAUACAGAGAGACUUUACAGAGAGACUUUACAGAGAAUACAGAGAGACUUUACAGAGAAUACAGAGACUUUACAGAGAAUACAGAGAGACUUUACAGAGAAUACAGAGAGACUUUACAGAGAAUACAGAGAGACUUUACAGAGAAUACAGAGACUUUACAGAGAAUACAGAAAGACUUUACAGAGAAUACAGAAAGACUUUACAGAGAAUACAGAGAGACUUUACAGAGAAUACAGAGAGACUUUACAGAGAAUACAGAGAGACUUUACAGAGAAUACAGAGAGACUUUACAGAGAAUACAGAGAGACUUUACAGAGAAUACAGAGAGACUUUACAGAGACUACAGAGAGACUUUACAGACUACAGAGAGACUUUACAGAGAAUACAGAGAGACUUUACAGAGAAUACAGAGAGACUUUACAGAGAAUACAGAGAGACUUUACAGAGAAUACAGAGAGACUUUACAGAGAAUACAGAGAGACUUUACAGAGAGACUUUACAGAGAAUACAGAGAGACUUUACAGAGAAUACAGAGAGACUUUACAGAGACUACAGAGAGACUUUACAGAGAAUACAGAGAGACUUUACAGAGACUACAGAAAGACUUUACAGAGAAUACAGAGAGACUUUACAGAGAAUACAGAGAGACUUUACAGAGAAUACAGAAAGACUUUACAGAGAAUACAGAGAGACUUUACAGAGAAUACAGAGAGACUUUACAGAGAAUACAGAGAGACUUUACAGAGAAUACAGAGAGACUUUACAGAGAAUACAGAGAGACUUUACAGACUACAGAGAGACUUUACAGAGAAUACAGAGAGACUUUACAGAGAAUACAGAGAGACUUUACAGAGAAUACAGAGAGACUUUACAGAGAAUACAGAGACUUUACAGAGACUACAGAGAGACUUUACAGAGAAUACAGAGAGACUUUACAGAGAAUACAGAGACUUUACAGAGAAUACAGAGAGACUUUACAGAGAAUACAGAGAGACUUUACAGAGAAUACAGAGAGACUUUACAGAGAAUACAGAGAGACUUUACAGACUACAGAGAGACUUUACAGAGAAUACAGAGAGACUUUACAGAGAAUACAGAGAGACUUUACAGAGAAUACAGAGAGACUUUACAGAGAAUACAGAGAGACUUUACAGACUACAGAGAGACUUUACAGACUACAGAGAGACUUUACAGAGAAUACAGAGAGACUUUACAGAGAAUACAGAGAGACUUUACAGAGAAUACAGAGAGACUUUACAGAGACUACAGAGAGACUUUACAGAGACUACAGAGAGACUUUACAGAGAAUACAGAGACUUUACAGAGAAUACAGAGAGACUUUACAGAGAAUACAGAAAGACUUUAGUGUUUCAUUUUUUUAUAAAUGUGCAGAGAAUUAA